CAUGACGUUUUCAUGGUGGGCGGGCCUUUCCGUAAGCAGGAAGUGUGACGUAACAUUGUUUUGGAAGAACGAAGCAGUAACACAAGCGACGGAAGAAUGGAACAAAACGUUGAAGAUUACAAGUUGAUAUUUGAGAAGGAGGGGGUGUACCUCCACACAAACGCCAAGAGGAGUAACCAGGACACUACCAUCCCGGGGUUUAUCCGCAUUGUGGAGCGGGCUGGGGUGCCAGCUCUAGAGUGGAGCCCACUGGAGGAUGAGGGCCGCAGUGCCCCUGCUGUACUCUACUCCAAAAAGGAUGGAGAAGGAGGGGAGGAGGAUACAAACUUUGACCCUGGUUAUGAGCCGGACUGGGCAGUUAUCAGCACUGUGAAGAAAGAACGAGAACAUGUUCCAGUCAAAGAAUCAGGUCAGUGGUCGUUCUCUCUGCCUCUGUCGGAGCUCUACUCUCUUCGGAGGGCCCGGUUCUCUUUGGGUCGAAACUUUCUAGUGCUGACUAGCAGAGGAGGGCACCCACUGCCUCCUCUGCACUUCCACCGAGGAGGAACCAGGGAACUUCUGAGGGCUCUGCAUCGUUACAUCAUCCUGGACCAGUCACCAGUUGAUGGACGGCUGUUUCUUGCCUACCCACAUGACUCAGGUGCUCUCUCUCAGUCCUUCGACAAGCUGCAGCUCCUCGAUGACGGAGGCUCGGAUCUUGUUUCGAGAUUUAUCCAGGACCCGUACGCCACUACGUUCGGUGGAUUUUCCAAAGUCACUAAUUUCUUCAGGGCGGCCCUGCGGCCCCCAGAGUCCCCCGCCCACUCACGUACUGCUCAGGAUCCUAACCUGCCCCCCCAGUCUGAUGAAGAGCCAGGAUUUGAGCUCAUCACCUGUGGGGUGGAGCUCGGUCCCAGACCAGACGUAACCAGGGGACGGCCUCUGGACAAAUGGGAGGAGUUUCUGGACCCUGAGGGCCGCGUGAAAAACCCAGAGAAAAUCAGAGAGCUUGUGUUCAGAGGGGGCAUCACACCAACACUAAGGAAGGAGGUCUGGAAGUUCCUCCUGGGCUUCUAUCCAUGGAACAGCACUACUAAAGAACGGGAGGAGAUUCUGCGGGUCAAAACGGACGAGUACUUCAGGAUGAAGGUGCAGUGGAAGUCUGUCAGCGAAGAGCAGGAGAUGAGGAACUCCCUCCUCAGAGGCUACAGGAGCCUGAUAGAGAGAGAUGUCAGCAGGACAGACAGACACAAUACGUUCUUCUCUGGGAACGACAACCCAGGACUGACUCUGCUUCACGAUGUGCUGAUGACGUACUGCAUGUACAACUUUGACCUUGGUUACGUGCAGGGGAUGAGCGACCUCCUCUCUCCUCUCCUCUUCAUCACCCAGAACGAGGUGGAGUCCUUCUGGUGUCUCACAGGCUUCAUGGAGCUGGUGCACCAGAACUUUGAAGAGUCUCAGGAGGCCAUGAAGCAGCAGCUCCUGCAGCUCAGUAUCCUGCUGAAGGCUCUGGACCCGGAGCUGUGUGACUUCCUGGACUCUCAGGACAGCGGCUCGCUUUGCUUCUGUUUCCGCUGGCUGCUCAUCUGGUUCAAGAGAGAGUUUUCCUUCGAGGACAUCCUCACUCUGUGGGAGGUCUUGUGGACUCGACUUCCAUGCGACAACUUCCACCUGCUGAUCGCCUGCUCCAUCCUGGAGUCUCAGAGAGGAGAGCUGAUCGGCUCCGACCACGACUUCAACACGAUUCUGAAGCACAUUAACGAGCUGACGAUGAAGUUGGAUCUGCAGAGUGUUCUCCGCGGAGCAGAGGCGAUCUACCUGCAGCUGAUUCAGUGCAAGGAGCUUCCCCUGAAGGUUCAGCAGGUCCUGGGUCUGUACGUCCCCUCCAGCUCCGAGGACGACAGCCCGGACUCCCAGGCCAGCGAGACGCAACGCCUCCUCGGGGAAACACAGGCGGGAGCUGCCUCCUCUGAUUCAGCACACGGUCCCACUUAUCCUUAAAUCUGCAGGUGGACUGACACUAAGACACGAGAGGGAGAUAUUUAUAUAUGAAAAAUAUACAUAUAUACUGUGUAUGACUCCAUGAAGGAAUGAGGUGAAGACUGUUGUUACUGUUUGUCAGAGGCAGGGGGCGCUGUUGACGCAGUUUUCUUUUCAUGUACCCAUGAAUGUUACAGUCCCAGAUAUUUAAACACUAUAGUCGUGUUUGCAGUGCUCCGUCUCUUCACGAUCGUCCUCCUCGUUUCCCACCUCAGCUCUGUCACUUGUUUACAUCCUGUGCGUCUCUCCAUCCUCCGUUUGAUGCUGCUCUUUCACCUUUUCACCACUUAUUUAAGAACUUUAUUCGCCUCCGCUCGUCCGCGUGCCGUCGGUGCUUUUUGUUGAGUUUGGUUUAGACUCCUCCCCCCGCCGCCGCCGUCCCCUCGCCGCUGUUUUCUCUGAAAAAAGGGAAGAAGAAGAUGAAGGAUGAGCUCACAGGCAGCACCGUGUUAGUACUGUACGACGCCAUUCCAGCCCUAUGCAAAGUUUUUGCAUGCCUUAUAGUUUUCACAUCGCGGCGUGGUGAUACUUUAAGCCUUGUAAUUAUCUGUAUAACAUUUUCAUCCGCUGAUUAUUACCAAAUAAAUGGUUAAAUCUUAA